AUGAGAGGACCAUCCCAUCAUAGCAAAGCAUCGUGUGACAUCAAAACAGAUCACAAAGUCGGCAAUGAUCAUCUUGGAUGCCUUAAAGAUCUUCGAGAUGUUCUUGCUCUGAACCGAACUGUGCCAAAGGGAGCCCAAGCUGUCUCGCUAUUACUUCUUCCGAGGGCUGAAAAGGUCAUGUUGGCAGUGAUGGGCCCUUGUGAAAGAGUGUGGAAGUGUGGGACGGACCCCGGCCCGGUCCGGUGCAUGGGUUUGCGGUUCAGCCGAAGCUUACUCAGCCCCUACUUUUCUCCCCGUAGAACACUGAAGUUCCUUCUCCAACUCCAAUUAACGCUAUACAGGAGAGACCUGACUCCUAGCCUCCUAGGUAUGGCCGCACUCACCGGCUGCAUCAAAACCACCAUCCUUCUUAUUGUCAAGCAUCUCGAUUGCACGAUAUCACGACUUGAGGUGCACACAAUGGCCGGCACAACGAGGCACGAAUCCGAGACUGGCAAUACAAUGCCUACACCUGCUGAAGUCGCGGAUGGUGGCUGGUAUCGAUCGCAUCCUUGCGCUGACCACGCUGCAUCGCGAAAUAUGAUCCGGCCCCUCGCUACGGCCGCCUCUCAGAGCACAAGACUAUCUCAGCGACAUGCGGAAGCGUUCAGCUGCUGUGCCAAGUCGGUCUUGGAGCUUAGCUUCUUAUUCUGGAAGCUGUCAAUCGUCCUCGAGCGCUGGAAGUGGACCCUCUCUAGCCUGCAUCGUCUGCACAACCUGCAUGCCGUGCGAUACAUAUGCCUCAGCUUUGCGACCGCCGACAUGUCCGGAAGCUUUCUCGCUUGCCAGAUCGACGUACUCGACCUCACUAAAUCAUCAAUUUUCACUGUUUCGAUUAUGGCGGAGCAACAGAAGCAGCAGGAAUUAAGUCCGCUGCAUCGAACUCACCGGACUUCUUCUGUAUUUUCGCCACUGGCAUCGCACGCGACAACGCUCCAAGACGAUCCACUGGAUACAGCCUAUCGCAGUCCGUCACUUGCAAACUCUCAGACUGCCUUCUUGGGCAAUGAUCGAGGCGCAGAAUCUGACCACGAAGCGCCAAAAAACCGAAAGUUCCACACUGAAGAGCCAGAACAAGCAACUUUCUCCAGAGUCCUUAUCUUGCAAAUCUUUGCACUGUCGUGGACUGUCCCAAUUGUCGCUCUACUUGUGCUGAACAUCAAGAGGCAUGUAAUUGGUGCGACCGCAUGGUGCCCACUAGGUCGAUGUCUGCCUCGAGUGGAAGACCCAGAUCCAACCAUCUCCAGGGAGCUUCCGGCAGUUUUCGAUCGGCAGACUCACAAUUUACUGGGCUUUCUGCAGCUAAUCGCGAAGGCUCUCGAGGUGCGGUUCAUUUUGAUCGCUACCUGGCUAGUGUAUUUGAUGACCAUACGGUUGGCGCCAAAGCUUCGCGGCCUUCCCAUCGGCUAUCUGUCUCGUCCAAGCGAGUUCGCAGAGAUACCAAGUCUGUUUGAUGCUCAAGUGUGGUCAACGUUGCAUGAACGUGGCGUCAAUGGACAGUCACGUACGUCCAAACGUGCGAGAUAUCGGCUGUGGACCUUCAUACUAAUCACUGUCAUUCUGUGUGUGCUUUGUAACCUCAUGGUACGUGUUGUGCUACUGAGAACGUACGCUGAUGCUAAUAAACUGCUGCAUAUGGUCCUGCUGGUGCCAAUAGUUCACUCCAGGUUCGAUACUCUCAACGCCAAUGGCCUGCCUGGCGAAGAUGGAUAUCAAUUCGCCGUUUUGGAUGCUGCAUGUGCUGAAGGAUGGUUCGACAUACAAUACUACAACUGCUCGGACAGGUGGCAGCGCGGUAUAGAUGCCUGGGUCGCAUCUACCUUUGCACGGCAAGAUUAUGCGGCUCCAGUGACAUCAUUUCAAGGUAUGGUUGCUUUCACAUACAACGCAACCGAAUUACCCACCUCGAAUGCCACAUUUGAGAAUGGGACUCUUGUCAAUGAAGGCUACCUCGAGAGCAUCAACUGGGCGCCCAGCCGACAGAUGCUGAAUGAGCUUACUGAUGAUCUCUUGAUCGUCCAGAGCAUGUCUCGUGGUUGGGACGCUUUGGAUCCUCGGGACAAAAGUUCCGUCUCAACCUACGCGCCGUAUAACAACACAGUACAGACGGUGAUCAGACGUAAAGGUCCAAUCCUGGGCGCGUUGAUCAACACUUGGGUGGGAUACAACACUACGUACGACUCAGCUCGGCACUAUACGAUCACUGUAGGCUGGAAUCGCAUGGUAAGAUGCUACGAAAAUUAUGACUUGUACAACAGCCCGCUGUGCUUUGGAACUUGCGAGUCUUCCAGGUUGAAAACCUACACCAGGUGCAUCACUUUAGGCACAGGUUGGAACGAUGGCUACAAGAGUGCAAAGUUUCGAGUCGCUUCUAAGAAGCACAUGCUGGUCGGCUUCAACGGUCCAAGUGCUCAUUUUGAGGUCCAUGCCUCGGGGCGUGCAGCCUAUGUUCCAUCAUUCGAAGGCAACGAAACUUUACCAGAGAAAGUUAUAGAGGCAGGAUUCCCCAUGACAUGUCUCAGUAACAAGACUGUGAACGACACUAGAUGCAUUUGGGAUGCGUUCUUCAACCUAACUGCUGAAGACCCCGAGGUCAAACCGCAUUCGAGAAACGUUACAAGCUGGCAAAUAUGGUGGGAUAUGAAGGACUACCCAAACAAACCCAACAACAUCGUGUUGGCAGUCGACUUCGAGACGUAUGUCUUGUUCGGAGACUAUGAACUAGACCCCUCAAGGCUGUCCAACCCUCAUCGUCAAGUCAAUCAUUUCCUCCCCAGCGUUCGCAAGAAGGAUGAAAUCUUGCCUCUAAAUCCGAUCCGCGUCGAUCCAGCCUGGACAAGAGCAGCAUGGGCAGUCGAACAAGACGGAACCAUUGAUUCCACUCGUGCGGCGGCAAACCGUCUGCAAGAGCUCUCGGAUCAAAUCUAUGCCACUGACAUCUUCGACCAAAAUCAGACGGAUGUUCUUCUGCACAAUCGCUAUUACUUGAACUCCUUAGCCGUCAUGCCAAUCAUGCAGACUUUGAGCCUGAUAGAGUACAACGUGAGCGAUGCCGAGGCGACUGACGACGACAAUGAUCCAGAGAAACCGCUUCUGGUGCAGGAUGCUCGCAUCAAUGUAUGGGCAUACGGGCUUGCCUCGAGAACGUCUUGGCUAGGCCUCGUUGUUGUAGUCUGCGGCUGCUUCGUGGUCGUCGCGGAAUUUGUGCUGGGAAUGAACGACAGACGUCUGUUCAGAUCACCGACACAGCUGUUGGUGGCGGCGCUCGAGUAUCACGAUGCAGGCGAGUUCAAUAGCUUGUACGCGGAAAAGGACGAUGAUUCAGAUUUCGCAAGACGUGAUAUCAGAGAACCCUCUCGACAGCUUGUGGCCUUGCAGCACAGUCUAUGA